AUGAAGCACAGGACGGAUCCGGAGAGGAUACCGGGAGCCUAGGGAUGAAAUCCACACAAUCUUGUUGAAUGUGGAUAUCGAUGCCGCGGCGAAGGAUGGGCCCUCUCCUCUCGGCCGCCUUCGUCUUUCUGCUGGCCCUGGGCGCCGUGUCUCCGGCUUCGGUGGGUAACCCCGAGGAUUACGCCGCGGAUGAGGCGGAGCGGACCGCCGGUGAAAACAUCGUGUUUGAUGACUAUCGGGGGAAAGGAUGCGUGGAUGACAGUGGCUUCGUCUACAAACUCGGGGAGCGCUUCUACCCGGGACACUCGAACUGUCCGUGCGUGUGCACGGAGGACGGGCCUGUGUGCGACCAGCCUGAGUGCCCCAAAUUGCACCCCAAGUGCACUAAAGUGGAGCACAAUGGAUGCUGCCCGGAGUGCAAGGAGGUUAAAAACUUUUGCGAGUACCGGGGGAAAACGUACAAAAUUCUGGAGGAAUUCAAGGGUUCCCCAUCAGAUGAGGAAGGGACCAGUCCGCCCAGCAUGGCUGCCGGCGUGCCUUUGGCCUCAGCGCAGCUGCAAUCAAGAACCAGGAGAUAUAGGCCGUCACCCUGUGAAUGGUGCCGUUGCGAACCAAAUAAUGAGGUGCACUGUGUGGUGUCCGACUGCGCCGUCCCAGAGUGUGUCAACCCUGUGUACGAGCCAGAGCAAUGCUGCCCCAUCUGUAAAAACGGUCCAAAUUGCUUUGCUGGAACAACGAUCAUCCCAGCCGGAAUUGAAGUAAAGGUGGACGACUGCACCAUCUGCCGCUGCCACAACGGAGACUGGUGGAAGCCAGCACAGUGCUUGCGGCGGGAGUGCCUCAACGGCCAGACGUUGUCAUAGAGAGACUCCGCCGGGGAUGGUGGAAAAGCUCAGGCAAGGCCCUGCCUACUGCACCAUUUUGUAUGAUUGACAGGGCAGGAGCACAAUUCCUAAGCAACCUGAGAAAGCAUAGUAUCACAGAGAUGCUCUCACAAGCUUCACACAAACACAAAUAUAGCCACUGAGAAGAAGACGGAACUUGUCUCAAGGCUCUUUCCACCCUCCAGUUUUAAUUGUCCUAUAUAUUUUCAGAAGUUGACUUGCUUGACUUGCUGCUCUCACACAAAAAGUUUCUAAGCUUUUUGAACUGUUUCCUAACCAUUGGCAAUGUGAAUUGCUCAUGUUGAUUUCUGUAUGUAUGUCAUCAGCUUGUUGUAUGUGUCUCCUGUCACAAUCACAUUGAUGUUGUAAAAUUCCAACAGCAGGUAAACAAACUGUAAGCACACUUAACGGCGCUUUUUUUUUUUUUUUUU